AGAUGCACAAUAUAUUCAAUCGGCACUAUAUAAUAGAGAUAAUCUUCUCAGCUCAUUUAUUCACUAACUUGUAAGCUUUUGUGCUGAUUUAUAUUUACACGACAACCAACAAUGAAAAUAUUCGCUAUUGUAUUCGCUGUUUGCGUUGUUGGUGCUCAAGCCGAGCUCACUGUAGAACAACUAGCUAAGCUCCGCGAACACAGCACAGCUUGUAUAACUGAAACUCUUGUCGAUGACGCCAACGUUGACGCAGCUAUGCAUCACAAUAUCUGGAGAAUGGACGACCCUAAACUUCGGUGUUAUUUCUUCUGCCUGCUUAAAAAACUCAAAGUCAUGAAUGAGGAUGGAACAUUGAACGAGGAGAUAACUCGCCAGAGGUUGGCCAACCUUUUCCCAGCAGACAGAAUUGACGGCGUUAUCACAAAAUGCAAAGACAUGAAGGGCGCUGAUACCUGCGAGACCGCCAUAAUGAUGGCUAAGUGUCACGCUGAUGAAAGAGCCUCACUAGGGUCAACUACAAAGAGCGACUGAUUAAUUUUUUUUUCUUCAUAUGACUCACAAUUCUGUCAAUAAACUGUUGAAUAUAUACCUUUA